CACACACGGUAGUAUGAAUGCAGCACUGUAUUUUAGCCGGUACACAUAGUUCUCUUGCGAUGCAGACAUUGCCCGAAAAAGCCGCAACGCACAAUUUGUUUUUUAAAAUGAUUCCCGAGCUGUCCAAUGAAUCCGUGUUGAUGAAGGAUCCUCAGAGGGUACAAGAUAUCCUGAAGUCCCUGUUAGACGCUGGACCCAACACGCUGCAGGUGAUCUCGGAUUUUGACAUGACCUUGACGAGAUUCCAAUACAAUGGGAAGCGAUGUCCUACGUGUCACAAUAUUCUUGACAACAGCAAAGCCAUCUCUGAAGAGUGCCGCCAAAAGCUGAAUGAUCUUCUCCAGACUUAUUAUCCCAUAGAGAUCAACACUUCACUUUCAGUUGAAGAGAAGCUGCCUUUAAUGGUGGAGUGGUGGACCAAAGCUCAUGACCUUCUUGUGGAGCAGAACAUUAAAAAAGAGGAGCUGGCUGUGGCAGUGCGUGAGUCUGAUGCAAUGCUGAGGGAGGGUUACGAACUGUUCUUCGACCGCCUGAACCAGCACGCCAUCCCUCUGCUCAUCUUCUCCGCCGGAAUCGGAGACAUCCUGGAAGAGGUGAUACGGCAAGCCAACGUCUUCCACCCUAACGUCAAAGUCAUCUCCAACUACAUGGACUUUGACGAAACUGGGAUAUUGAGGGCUUUCAAGGGAGAGUUGAUUCACGUCUACAAUAAAAGAGAAGGUGCGCUGCUAAACACGGGCCAUUUCGAGGAGCUGCGGUCGAGACCAAAUGUCCUGCUGAUGGGAGACUCUCUGGGGGACCUGAACAUGGCUGAUGGAGUUCAGGAUAUGAAGCACAUCCUCAAGAUUGGGUUCCUGAAUGACAAGAUUGAGGAGAGCAAACAGUCCUAUUUGGACUCGUAUGACAUUGUGUUGGUGAAAGAUGAAUCCUUGGAAAUUCCUAAUGCUGUCCUCCAACUUCUUACUGGUAACAACUGAACUGUUUUCAGUUCAGUUGUAAAACUGGCUGUAAAACACACCAGGACCAUCGGCUGAGCAGCGACCUGACCUCCCAGUGUUACCGGGAUUCUUAUCAAAGACCCAAUGGGAAUAAAUAGCACAGUGCUUUGCAAAAGUAUUGACAC